ACUGAAGAAAUGGUCCGGUACCAACAUAAAAACGGAUAUGGAUUUUAAUCGGAUCAUCCAGCAGCUCAGGAUGUCUCUCUCUGACUCGGACCGCAUUGUCACAAAGGAUAAGAGCAGCAGUUUAACAUUUCUGCAGAUAUAUCUGACCACGCUGCGACACCAGGACACAACACUGGACAAGCUGCAGCAGAUCUAUGAUGAAAUGCUAGAGGUCCUCAGUGAGCUGCUGGAGCUGCAGCAGGAAGAGAAGAGAGAGGAAGAGGAGCGCGAAAGAGACCCACAGUAAUCUGCAACAUCGUGCUACAGUAUUAUACAUCCACUGCUAACAGGCCACGUAUUUUACAAACCCAGUUCCAAAAAUGUUGGGACAGUAAGUAAAAUGUCAAUAAAAACAGAACAGUGAUUUGUAAAUUCACUUUGAGCCGUAUUUAAACAGGAACAGCACUGAGACCAGAUAAUUAGCGUUUUAGCUCAUCAACAUAACCGUCUGCCUGAAACCUCAACUGAAUGUGAGCUGGUCUCAGAUGACGGUGCAUUAAAAAUUGUCAUGUCUCUGUUGGAUAUCACCACAUGGCCUCAGGAAAACCUGGACAAAUCAUUGUCAUAAACACUGUUGCUGCAAAUCUCCAAAUGUACGUUAAGACUAUGAUGCACAGUGGAAUCCACAAGUCAA